UGUCCGUUUAUUUGCAGGAGACCAACAGAUCUUUUCACUUUAAAGUCUAUGUCGGUUUUUCAAAAUUGAAUCAGUGGGUGGUUCGAUCAAAAUGUUUUUAUUCGUUUAAGAUAAUUAAAGGAUGUGCGGGGCCGAUAUCCAAAUGACCGAAUUAUGUAGGACGCUGGCGGUACAAAAGGUGGGGUUCACAUAGGUACGAAAAAAAAAGACAGCUAAAGUUUAUCGUGUGUUUAUCUACCGGUUGUCUAUGAAUCGAUUCUAGAAAAUGUCAACACAGUCGUUUGGGAAAUAAACCAAUGAUUUCUUUUAUCUUGCAGUUUUAAUUUUGUGCAGGAAUUUCUCGCUUCCGUUUGGCCACGUUAUGAAAUGCAGAGAAAAUCAACAAGGUUGCUGUCCUGAGAAUCACCCUGAGUUUGUGAAGAACAUUUAUCAGCUACCAUUCUUCUCGUGGAUUUAGGAGACACUCUUUCCAAAUUCCCAACAAGUUCAAAGUUUGUGAAGCAAUUGUGUGUGGAUUUACGAGUCGUUUACCUGAAUUAUGAAUAUCGCCGUGCCUAUUGACAAAAUUAAUAUGUCCAGCGGAGACGUCUGAUGUAAAGAAGUUCUUGUCGCCAACAUGAAAUGUCUCAGCAAUGCCAGGCAGGCUCUGUUACGUCGUUGUUGUCGUCGAUGUGAGACAGAUGAAUCAUCAGACCAAGAGGCGUGGCAAAGAGAUUUUGACAGCCCACAGACAGACGAGAUGGCGCCACCCAUCGCCCCUCCCCGUCGUAGGGGCAUAGACAUGAAGACCAAGCUCAACAAAGCUGAGCACACUAUCCCCUACACCAGCACACCGCUCGUCAACUCUGCCUUCCAGAAAGACUCGCUCUCGGAAUCCCCUAUCAAAACACCUGUAGGAGGGGACGUGCAACUAUUCUCCACUCCAGGAGACUCUCAAAAACUAAGGUGCUCGACAGUCUCGCCUUCUGUUGUGUCGCACAAUAACAAUAACAAUAAGAAUAACAACAGGAAUAACAACAACUUUAUUGGUAAAAGCAACGGAGCCUACGAUAGUGGAUUGGGUGAAAGUUCUGUUGGAGGAACGUCCAGCGUCAUCGGCAAUCUUAACAACUCUGUGCCAGUGCCCAGCCCCCAGCCGCCCCCUAUCCCCCCGCGAGGCCUCGCCAAGCUGUCUGUGAGGGCGAUACUCAGCAGGAGCAGCAGCAGCAGCAACAACCAGCAGCAGCAGGACAACAGCCGGAGGCACGAUGACCUUGACCCCAGCAGCACGUCGCUGACGUCACCAGGGGACUUCCCGACCGCGGUCGCCGCGGUGGUUGAGAGUGACGUCAUAGGGAACCAUUUUCCGCACGCGGAGGGGGGAGGGUUCAGCAGGUCUGCGAGCGGACCUAGCAUGCAGUAUGGCGAGAGCACCGCCAGCCGCCGUAGAAACUUCUCUUCCUCCUCCCUGCCUGUGUCUCUGAUGGCGGCCACCAUAGAGGAGGUGGAGGACGGCGACUACGUAGGGCUGGCAGGCCACGCCCACCACUCGGGUCAAAGGUCACACUCGUACGCCGGAAGUAGCACGCCGUCGCCGAGGGUUCCGCUCCGUGUGCUUCGGAGGGAGGCCAGAGUGUGCAGAGCCAUGUCCGGUCCCGCCAUGUAUACAUACUUCCGAUCACUGUCCAUGUCAAGCACAAAUAGCCCCACCUCCUCUCCACCCCAGCUGCCUCGUCGCCCCUCCCCAUUCUCCCACCACCGCUCCAGCUCCCAAUCAGACAUUAUGGGCGGAGCUCCAAUGCCUAACGCCUUCUACAGCCCGGACGCAAGCCCUGCCUACUCCACGCCUUUCUACCAACAGCACACCCACCAGCCUUCCCACCACCACCACCUCUACCAUCAGCGGCACUCUGUGGCCGCCGGCAGCAGCGGCAGUCUUCAUUACCUUCAGCAUCAUCACCACCUCCAGCAGCAGCAGCAGCAGCAGCAGCAACAACAACAACAUGAUCCAGCGACUGUCGAAGGGAAUGCUUCUGGAUCGCCUUACAGUGCUCGGCGGAGUAACUUUCGGCGUCGGCCACGGCCUAGCUCCAUGGGUGCCGUAGAGAAUGUGAGGUACCAGCACGAGCUGACCAAGUUCCGGGAACUCCACAAUGCCAGGAGAGACCGGAAGUCGGACCCGCAGCUGGUUCUCUCCCCUGGAGGCCGACGCCGGAUGGCGCUGGUGUACCCGGAUGACCCAGAUAAUGUGUCUGACUUGGAGUCCAUCCUGGAAAAUCCGGGCGAUAGACCAUGGGACAUCUCCCGCCAGACCAGCAUGACCUCUAUCGACUUUGAGGAUGACAUCAUAAGAUAUCUCGAGGCCUCGGGAGCCUUCGACGAGGACCCGAGAAUUGUCGAGGAUUACCGAGCGCGCGACGAUGUUCUCCCGUCGCCCCGGAUGUCGCCGAGUAUUUUUGGAGGAUACGAUGAUGAGGCGGACGCUGCCGAUAGCGACGAUUCUUUUAAUCUGUCCGACGACCAGGGUGCCGGGAGACGGGGUCGGUUAAGAAGGAGCAAGCAACCUCGCCGCCUUAGCUCCGGAUCUAUUACUAGCGAUGCCGAGAGUGAGGGAACCGAACCCGACCCCCCUGUCGUUAGACGCGGGCGUCGUGCUGCCAUCUACGAGACGAAGAACUGUGGGGAUGUGUCACCAACCACACUGUCUCCAGAGCAGUCUCCUAGCAACUCCUGUGAUGAGGGCGAGGGUGCAAGCAACAUCGCCGAGCGUCUCCGGCGACGGCGGAGUUCUGUGGACCUUGCAAUGAACAUCUACCCGGGUGACCUGCUCGUCCAGGAGCACCACAAGAAGCUCAUCAAGCGGAACACCAUCGCUGACUUCUACGCCGGGAGACAGCCCAACGGGGGGCCUCUGCCGCCGGGGGUCGGACCCGGUGAAGGUGGUGAUGUUUCAAAGAAAGGAAGGCAGCCAUUUUCUCUUCUCAAGCUGAUGAAAACCCGAAGUAAAGAAUCACUCACAAAGUUGGAUGAGAUUUUGAAACGUCUCAAGCCUUCAGAAUUCAAAGACAAUCACCUCGCAGCAUAUAAGAGCCUCCAUUGGUCAGAUCUGAUCGCUAGCACGGACAAGCAGCAGGCCGGCCAGUUGACCUCUAUCUCGGACACGGAGCGCAAGCGGCGCGAGGCAGUCUGGGAACUGUUCAAGUCCGAGUGUGUUUUCCUCAUUGAUCAUCUCAUGGUGCUCAAACACGUCUCAUACACAUUCUGUAAAGAUUUCAUUUCCGCCUUGCUCAAGGACAUGAGUAUCACGGACUUUGGUCGUACCAAGGUCUUGCUCAAGGCUUUCCAAAGGAGUCUGAAGGCCACCGUGAGUAAACAGCCCUGUGAACGCCUGCUGGCCUGCCCCAAGAGACAGUUGCUACAUGAAGGACUGCUCACGCUCGUUGAAACCCCAAAACCUCUUGACGUUCACCUGUUCUUAUUUGACGAUAUUUUGCUCAUUACCAAAGUCAAGAAAAUUCCCAGAAAGCAGAAGCAGACAAGCUCUGACCUCCAGUCGUCCAGUCAGACUGACCGGGCAUCCUACGUGGUGCUCAGACAGCCGCUGGCUCUGGACAGGUUCACUCUCCAUGACAUCACUGCUGCUGAUGCUUCCGUCAAUGGACUCAAGCAUUGCUUUACGCUGGUACAGAUGUCCCGCUAUCAACAGAUCACCGGUAUUUUCACAUUUCAAGCGCCCUGUGAUGUCACAAAGGGCACUUGGUUAACCCAACUUCGUGAGGCAACAGAAGGCUAUGCUAAAGCCGCCAGUCGACAGGGUUCUUUUAAAGAGAAUCAUGACCCCAAAGCAGAAGAGAAAGAGGAAGCCCCGCGACUACCCCGCCCGGAGCCCAAUGAGCUGACCUUCUACCCGGCCUCCACCCGAAGAUUGCAUAACGGAAGCACCUUACGCACCGUCCCCACCAAGUCACGCUCAAUGGACGCCGUCUACAUCUGACAGGAGGGGGAGGGGCGGCAAUAGCACACCAUAAGACUUCUGUCACUUUCCUAAUAUCUACAUAUAAAAGAGAGAGAGAGCGCGAUAGAGAGAGACAAAGAGACAGGGAGACAAAAACACAGAGAGAGAUACA